CACUACAUUGGUGCCUUGGGAGACAAGAGAGAGGCUUGUCUCUGCUGUUCUCUCUCUUUUUCUCUCGUUCUCCCUCUCCUGGGACCUAAUGCAGUAGUGCCCCUAUACCAGGCGGAGGAGGAACCCACCAUGGCUCAACAACGGCACAGUAUGGGUGACGAAAGCUACAACUUCGUCUUCAAAGUGGUUCUGAUUGGUGAGUCUGGUGUUGGGAAAAGCAACCUGCUGUCUCGCUUCACGAAGAAUGAGUUUAACCACGACAGCCGCACCACCAUCGGAGUGGAGUUCAGCACCCGCACUGUUCAGCUGGGUACCUUCGCCAUCAAGGCUCAGAUCUGGGACACGGCAGGGCUGGAGAGAUACAGAGCCAACACCUCCGCGUACUACAGAGGGGCGGUGGGGGCUCUGCUGGUGUAUGACAUCACCAAGCACCUAACCUAUGAGAGUGUGGAGCGUUGGUUGAAGGAGCUGUACGACCACACCGACCCCCACAUGGUGGUCAUGCUGGUGGGCAACAAGAGUGAUCUGGAUACCCUGAGGACCGUGCCCACCGAGGAGGCCAAGGACUUCACAGAAAAGAAUGGCCUCUUGUUUAUGGAGACGUCAGCUCUGGAUUCUACCAACGUUGAAGCUGCUUUCCAGGAAGUUCUCACAGCGAUCCACAAGAAGGUGGCCAGUCGAGAGGUGCCCCGCGUGUCCAUCACUGCCUUGACCCUGUCCAGUACUAUUGGAACAGCUAGCGACGCCCAGGAGAAACGCAGUACCUGCUGCAAGAACCUCUGACUGGUUCUGACCAGGUUUGACCUGUUCUAUCGGAUUAUCUUCAGUUCUACACAGAAUCUUCCUACUCUGCCCUCAUUCAGGUUAAAGGGAAUAGUGUAUAGGACUGUAUAGUGUAUAGGACUAUAAGACCAGGCAAGUCAAAUCAAGUCACAUUUAAUUUACAGUGCAUUUCACAACUCUCAACAAGACAGAUUUAAGAGACAUGCCACAUUUAUGUACAGUUGAUCAAUGUUGACACUAUUGGUGCUACUGCUUGGCUAAAUGUUGCUGACCACAACAUAUUUGGGUGGAUUUUUUCUUCUGUAUGCUCGUUUUUAAACUUUAGCAGUAAAUCUUGAUUUGGUAUAUUCGAAAGGAGGAACUACAUUAUUUUGGUAUAUACAUCAUGUCAGGUUGACCACAUUUAAAAAAUCUCAAAUGCGGAACAGCGGUAUGAAUUGCGUAAUAUUUGAGUGACAAUGUAGCACACACACACACACACACAACUUCCCCUCCCGCUGCACUAAAAGAGCUAAUUGAAUAGCACGUAGCAUAGUCUUUUGCCUCGCGCAAAAUUUGGUGAUGCAGAAACGAGAGACCACUUUUGUGGCUGUUUUAUGAAAAUCUGCAAAUACUUGUUGGUCUCAGGGAAUGUAAAACAGUUAGGAUGGGAGACUUAAAACCUCUCUGGGAUAGGGGGCAGCAUUUUCACUUUUGGAUAAAUAGCGUGCCCAAUGCAUAUUAUUAGUAUGAGUAUAACAGAACUUAUGUAGCAGGCAAAGGUCACUGUGUAUUCAAUGAGUUUUCAUUGGGAAACAAGAUUUCUAAGGCACGUGUUUGCUGUUCCUACCGCUUCCACUGGAUGUCACCAGUCUUUCAAAAUUGGUUGAGGUUAUUCCUUUGUGUAAUGAAGAAGUACAGCCAUCUUGAAUUUGUGUCAUUUGAAGUGUACUUUUUGAGAAGGCGCAUGACUGGAAAAGUAGCAUGAGUUUGUUGUCUUCCCGUAUUGAACACAGAUUGUCCCGUCUAUAAUUUGAUCGAUUAUUAAAGUUUAAAAAUAACUCUAGUUGUAUUACAAAAGUAGUUUGAAAUGUUUUGGCAAAGUUUACAGAUAACUUUUGGGAUAUUUUGU